AUGUCUGAAGAACACCCAUAUACCCAUCGAAAUGAUAACUUAGAUCCGAAUCGAUUCUAUUCAAGUGCUCAACUUGACUACCAAGAUCGAUUGUUAAAUGGAGACAUAGCCACGAAGUAUGACGCUCACAGAGACGAUGACAGGUAUUCGGCACCGUUCGACGAGGCUCUCAAUUCCCAUUCGGCUACGUUUGCUGAGGCUGACCCACAUCAACCAGGACACGACGACACCUAUGGCUACAAAGAUCACGAAAUACCUCAUCACGCUUAUCCAAACUUGACCACAAGUCAUCCGGCUUCGCAGCCGAGACGUGUGGAACGAUUUGAAUCUUAUGACCCCACAUCCGACUCAGCAUUUCUGACACAGCAACUAUACCAAUCCUCCAGAAACCCACUGGCUGCAGCAAAUACUCUAGCUGAGCUUGAAUCCGAUCGACAGCCUUAUCAUUCCCAGCAUCCAAAUUUGACAUCACUAGCCCAGUUCAAUCGACUUGCUCCUCAUAAAGUGAUACAUCAUCAACAUCACAUGGAGUCACGCCCUCAAGGUGUAAGUUAUCCCGUGUCCGGGCUGACUGAACCUUUGCCGAUCGAUCAGGAGGUUAGGGGCGUAGGUGUAACUAAACAUGCCCCAGCCGUUAGUAUAUCCAGGCUUAUAGAGCUAAAAAGGCGAGCAAAAGCGCUCGAAGAAUUGAAAAACCGAUCACUUCAUGAUCGAAUUCCAUACCCUCCUCAAGAACCAACUUGGUGUCUACCAGAAACACAUCAUUCUUCAAUACCUGUUCCAAGGGGUUUAUCAGCUCCCCAUCUUCGUGAUAUUAUUCCUCCUCGACAUCCCCCGCUAGGAACCUAUACCGUUCCACAUCCCCGUCAACCCACUGAACACUUCUCACAACAACCUGAUUAUCAUAGUCGAACACAACCUCCAUUGGCUCGACCUCGCACCUUAUCACAGCCUUUGUUGCCACCCGAUAUAUCAGAUCCUUUACUUCGUCUGCAUCAUCUAAAGGUCACAGAGAUCAUGUCUCCUGUCAAUGGUUUUGAUCUAUUUAAAUGCGUAAGUCUAUACUAUGGACGUCUUUCUGAAAUCUACAACAAAGCUGGCGAAAUCGAGUUACGACAGAUUCUGGAUCGUCCAUUAGAUGCAGUCUUAGCUUCUGACCCUUUUGCUCAAUCUAUACCGAUCGAUUAUGGAUAUGGGGCGAUGAAAAGUUUGAAUGAUUACGGUGUUGCAAAAGAACAAUUAGAUUGUAUUGACGCCAUUUGUCUAGAUGAUCUCUACCUUCUUGAACAAGUCUUACGGAAUGAUUUCUCAAUUAUUGAGAGUGAGCGAUUAAGACGAUGGAAUCGACGUAUGCGAUGGGAGGAAUUGUCAAUCCAACAACAACAGGUACAAUGGGAUGUGAUGAGCUCAACAGAUCGACGGAACCUCGGCUUAGGUUCAGGAGGCUGGUGGGCUUACCGCUUACGGAUGACCCCGCUUGAUGAUACCUAUGGUCAUCAUCGGACACUUGUUGGAACGGAUGGACUAUUUGAAGAACAACAUUCCGGUUUCAAAAAAGGAACUUUCGAAGCUCAUUAUCCUCUCUCAACUCAAACAAAAGUUAAAUUUCCAUUUUGGCGAGAUGGUGGAUUAGGACUAGGACGUAGUUUGAUCAAAUGGCUUGAAUUACCUUCAACGGAAGAACCCACUUAUGAACCCACUUCACCACUUUCACCUUCUUCGGCUGUUGUUGAUAAUCCAUCAACACAAGCUGUUGCAGUAGAGCCUCACAAUGAGGUUGAAUUACAGCAUCGGAAAGAGGAACAAAUGAUUUCUCGUAUGCGAGCUGCGUCACGCCGUCGUGCUCAAUUGAUUGCCUCGAUUCAAGCUCAAACCUUAUUACCGCCGUCCGCUGCUGAACUGGCUUUCGCUGCAUCAUAUCCUGUUGUAAAUCAUGCACAUUUCGAACAUCGUGGACAUCCUCACGGCUAUCCUGGUUUGGCAGCUUAUUCACCACAUCAUCAUUAUCCGGUUCAUCAUCACCCCGGACAAUAUCAUGCGCCUGAUCGACAACCAGUCCAUCGAAACCAUUCAGCCUUACGAAGUAAAGAUGUUAAGCCAACUAGCAAACCAAUCCCUACUUCAUCUUCAAAUAAUUCCGCAUCAGGUCUUCCUUGGGGUGUCCUCCUCUCAGAACUUCGUAAGCGACCUGGAUGGGGCGAUAGACAUCCUUCAAACCCUAAACCUAAGUCAAACCAAGAGUCUAAAGAAGACUCAACAACAAAGGUCAAAUCAGAUGAUCCGUCCAAACAUGCAAACGAUCCUACGAAAAAAUCUUCCGAUCCUAAAGAUCCAGAUUUGAAGAAGAAUGAUGAAAAGCGAGAAGCAUAUAAAAGAAUGGAAUCAUCGUAUUCAGUAACUAGUCAAGUUCCGCCACCACCAGCUUAUCAAUCAAAUGGAUCGACUAGGAAAUCAUCUCUUAAAGGUUUACCACAACCUCCUUUGUUAUACAAGGCAAAAGAGUUUCCUAGAUCAGGCUCUAGUCGAUUGGUGAAAGAACGUCCACCAACUACUAAAGAUACUUGAGUUGAUGUUUGAUAAUCUUGUGUUCAUCUUCGACUUUUUGACUGGAUUAGAUUUGAUUUUCUUUUGUUAUACAUGUGAUACCAUUUUUCUCUUCUCAAGAUCUAAAUAGAAAGUUUCACUUACAUACAUAUAAGUGAGAAAGAUGUUAUUGUACUAUAAGAAUAUCUUUUUUAAAAACAUGCAUUGCUUCAAUUUUUUCUACUCUUUCUUUUUUCUUUAAUUUUGCAUCCCAUUGUUGUAAUCUAUUUGAAAGUACUUGAAUAAUUGAAAUAGUCAUGGAUCAU